AUGGCCCUUCUUCUCUACCUUAGAAGCAUAACCAAAACCAACAUUGUAUCAAACCCUUCUCUGCGCCACCAUUUGUUCUCAAUCUCCAACUCCAACGGUGGAGGCGGCGAUCAAGCUCCUCCCAGUUCCAACUCUCCUUUCUCUUCAUAUUUCAGAGAUGUCAAGGACAUGCUCAAACAACACUCACCCUCACCCUCUACUCCAAAGAUCUCAAACCCAAGGUCCCCGAGCUUUUCCUUCCACGCUUCCUCCAAAUCUGAAAGAACUAAUUCAAGUUCUGCCACCGCACUUUCAUGCCUUCCCCUGGAGAUCCAUAAGCGAAAUUUGGCGCAAAAUCAAGGAGAAUCUGCAGGAAAUGCUAUAAAUGUGAAACAUACUAAGCCCAGCGAGGGUGAGGUCUCUUUCGAUGCGAUUAGUGAAAGCUUGCAGCAGAUUAGAGUCGGUGGCGACAACAAGGGUGCGGAUCGAAUGUCUACGACGGGAUGGAAAGACACAUGGAAACUGAAGCCCUCAGAUUCGAUGAUUAUCGGCGGUACCGAUUUGUUGCCGUAUUCGAUUUUUAGCAUGGAGAUGAGGGAGAGGAGAGAAGGAGAUGGCUUUUCGGCGGUGAUGAAGAUGGAGUUCAUGAAGAUGUAUAAUCAUGGGGAAUUGGGAGAUAAAUUGAGGAAGUUAAGAUCUGAAGGAAAAGGAAAAUAG